AUGUGCUAUUCCUUUCCACUUUCCCCACCCUUUCUCCUGAGCUUGUUGAAGUCGGUGCAUAUUUGCAGAAAGGAAUAACUCUUAAACUUCUGUGGUAUGGGACUGAUGGGGGUUUGUUCAUCAGACGAAAAGCAGAAGAAAACAAUGGUGGAAGAAGAAGAGAAACUGCAGCCUCUCCUGGAAGCUUCUCCCGCCCCACAAGGUGGCUUCAGAACCAUGCCCUUCAUUGCUGGAAAUUUGGCAUUGAUGUUAUUGGCAAAUUGCGGGUUGACUCCCAACAUGAUAUUGUAUCUGAUGAGGGAGUAUCGAAUGGAUAUGGCUGCUGGCUCGAAUGUGCUUUAUUGGUGGAAUGCAGCUUCGAAUAUCACACCCGUCGUUGGAGCUUUAAUGGCAGAUUCUUUUGUGGGUCGGUUUCAGAUUAUUAGCAUCGGAUCUGUUAUUAACCUUUUGGGAAUACUUCUGUUUUGGCUAACAACUAUUAUACCACAAACAAGGCCGCCUCCUUGCACUGAAUCUAACAUCAUUUGCCCUUCUGCAACAACUCUGCAACUUCUUUUUUUAUACCUCUCCUUUAUCCUCAUAUCCAUUGGUGAAGGGGGAGUAAAAGCUUCUUCCUUGGCGUUUGGAGUUGAACAGUUAAAUAAUAUCCGAAAAAAUGAGAAAGCAAUGGAGAGCUUCUUUGGCUGUUAUUAUGGUGUUAAAAUGGUAUCUGUUAUCAUUUCCUUGACUUGUUUGGUCUAUGUCCAAGAGAACAUGGGAUGGGAAAUUGGUUUUGGAAUCCUUGUCUUGCUAAUGCUAUUUGCUACUAUUCUCAUCCUCUUGGGGUCCCCAUUCUAUGUCAGGUCAAAACCCAAAGGAAGUUUAAUCAUGGGGUUAGUUCAAGUGGUUGUUGCUUUUUACAGAAAGAGGAGCCUUGUGAUUCCACCCAAUGGUGGAGGUCUUGUGGCAUACCAUCAACAAGGCACCACGAUAUGCCCCCCAAGUGAAACCCUAAGGUUUCUGAAUAAGGCUUGCAUUAUAGAAGAUCCCCAACAAGACGUAAACCCAGAUGGGAAAGCCUCAAAUCCAUGGAGUCUUUGUACAGUAGAGCAAGUAGAGGAGCUUAAAGCAUGCAUUAAGGUAAUCCCAAUAUGGGUCACCGGAGUUAUAAUGAGCAUUAAUGCCAGCCAAAGCACUUUCUCCACGCUUCAAGCAACCACCAUGAACCGCCACAUUGGAUCAUCAUCUAUGAGCUUUCAAAUCCCCACUGGCUCUAUAAGUAUGUUCUCAUACACCUCCAUCAUAAUGUGGCUCGUGUUUGAUGAUCGAAUCAUUAGACGUCGUCUCCGUUUCAGCCCGAUGGCGAGAAUGGGGUCGGGGAUCUUCGUCUCUUUCCUUUCUGUCGUGGUAACGGCCUUGGUGGAGGCUUACCGGCGGAACCUCGCAAUAAAGGAGGGAUUCUCUGAAAACCCCGGGGGCAUUGUGGAUAUGUCUGUUCUGUGGAUCAUACCACGCUCGCUUCUCGCGGGGGUUGCAGAGGGAAUGAACGCUGUUGCUCAGAAUGAGUUUUACAUUUCAGAGUUCCCGCAAAGCAUGUGGAGCAUAGCUUCCAACUUUUUUGGGCUCGGGGUAGCGGCAGCGAAUAUGCUAGCAAGCUUUUUGAUGAGCUUUGUCAAUGAGGUCACUAAAGGUGGGGAAGGUGGGAGCUGGAUAUCGAGCAACAUAAAUCAGGGUCACUAUGACUACUAUAAUUGGGUACUUGCUGGAUUGAGUCUGCUGAAUCUUUUGCUAUUCAUCUUCUGUAGCCGUGCUUAUGGCCCCUGCCGUGAAGAGAGGAAAGUGAAGGGUGGCAUUGAAGUAGAGUCUUCAUGAACUCACUUCUAGCUUAGAUCCUCGUAUUCUCAUAUACCACAAUAUAGCAUCUCCUUUUUUAUAGUUGUAUUACUGCAUUUUGGUACCCUGGGGGUAAAUAGAAUGAAAGAAGCUAAUUAGUACUCUGAAUUAAUUUCAAUGUCUCUGAUUCCUACCAGUCCAUUUUCUCGUAAAUUCUGAUAAGAAUCGUUUGAUUUUUCAGUAUAGUUAUUAGUUAUGUUCUCUAAAAUAUUAGCAUUAAU